AUGCAGAAGAAGCCCGAAUUAGCUGUAAUUACGAAGACUCCCGAAGAGAUGGGAGAUUAUAUUGCGCUUUUAUUUAGAGUAGACUCAAAUGUAUCCGCUUUGGCCGUUCUAAAAGUGAUUAAAGGUGCGGAUUUGUUAGCGAUUGAGCGAAAACCAGAAGGAAUACUAAUCACAUUCUUCUCUUAUUUUGAUAUGUUCAAGAUCUGGAUGCGAAUCAGAGACGGUGUAAGUAUUGAAAAUGUUAUGGUUGUGCCUGAACCUCAAACUAGCUCGAUUUCUCAGGCUGAUCGUAAACGGGCUUACUUAGCCCAUGCAGCUGGUGGAACGCGUAGUGUUUCUCUAUCGGGUUUGGAAGACUUUAUGACUGGUGAGUUCUUAAGUGAAGAGGCUGAGAAAUUCGGUGAAAUUGAAGCACUUAAAUACUUACGCGAUCGACAUUGUUGUUACAUUGAGUUCUUCUCUUUCUUUGCGGCUAUGCAGUUCGCGAGUAGUAUUAGAGAAGAUAGCUUGUUUGAAAAAGUAAGGGUGGCAUUUGGUCGUGAUAUGUGUGGAGCGGGUGAGACAGAUGGAGUGAUCAGUCAUAAUCGGACGGUUUAUUUUGGGUCUUUGCCCGUUGAUGUAACAGCUAGUGAGAUUUUAGCGGUAGUUCAGGGCGGGGCUGUAAUUGGUCUGAAAGUUAUUCGUGAGAAGAAGUGUGCGUUUGUGACCUUCUUUGAUUAUGUAGCAGCUAAUGCUUUUAUUGAGUAUAGUAAUUUGUAUCCACCGGUUAUUCGUGGGGUGCAGGUUAAGAUAGGACCGGGUAAGGUUCAACCUAUUAUACCGGCUAUUCCUAUCUUUGCGUAUGCCGGAGUCACUAGAACACUUUCCUUAAGACCGACUAACAAUAUUGCUCCAGCCACAAUUGAAUCCGUUCUGAGCAAGUAUGGUGAAGUUGACCGUGUACAACGAGAAGAGGAGGGAGUGUUUUCUGUAGCUAUGGUUAAUUUAGUUGAUGCCCAAGCUGCUUACUCGGGGCUAGAACAAGACCCGCACUGGUGCACUGCUCUCAAUGGCUUUGCCCCCGAUACGUGUGCCACUCCAAGCCACCACACUCUCCUCAUGAAAGUCCAACAGCGCGAGUUUGCCCUAUAA